AUGAUCUUCCUCCAGCCUUCAGUAAUGAACCUGGACCCUCAGACACAAAUGAAUGCUGGUCGUCAGAAACAUAAGAUCAGGCUGAAGGGGACAUUUGAACGAGUGACUGAAGGAGCUGAAACAGGAAGUAGAACCCUCCUCAACAGGAUCUACACUGUCCUCUACCUCAUAGAGGGACAGAGUGAAGAGGUUAAUACCCAACAUGAGGUGAGGCAGCUCGAGACAGCUUCCAAGAAGAAGACCCUCCAUGACUCUCCAAUCAAGUGCUGCGACAUCUUUAAAGCCUUACCUGGCCAACAGAAACACCUCAGAGUUGUUCUGACGAGCGGCGUCGCUGGCGUUGGAAAGACCUUCUCAGUGCAGAAGUUCUGUCUGGACUGGGCCGAGGGUUUGGAAAACCAAGAUAUCAGUCUGGUGAUUCCUCUUUCCUUCAGGGAACUGAACUUGAUCAAAGAUGAGCAGUACAGUCUUCUGGAGCUGCUCCGUGUUUUCCAUCCAACAUUACAGGAGGUCCCAGCAGAGCAGCUCGCUGGCUCUAAACUUCUCUUCAUCUUUGACGGCCUGGAUGAAAGCAGACUUUCACUGGAUUUCAACAACAAGGAGGCUGUUUCUGAUGUCACACAGAAGUCAUCGGUCAACGUGCUGUUGACAAACCUCAUCCAGGGGAAGCUGCUUCCCUCGGCUCUCGUCUGGAUAACUUCCCGACCUGCAGCAGCCAAUCAGAUCCCUCCUGCGUGUGUUGACAGGGUAACAGAAGUACAAGGCUUUGCUGAUGCCCAGAAGGAGGAGUACUUCAGGAAGAGAGUCAGUGAUGAAGAUCUGUCCAGCAGAAUCAUCUCCCACAUCAAGACUUCCAGGAGCCUCCACAUCAUGUGUCUGAUCCCAGUCUUCUGCUGGAUCACUGCUACAGUUCUGGACCACAUGUUGACUACAGACCAGAGAGGAGAGCUGCCCAAGACCCUGACUGACAUGUACUCACACUUCCUGCUGGUUCAGACAAAGAGGAAGAAGCUCAAGUAUGCUGAGGGACAUGAGACGAGUCCACAGGAGCUGACUGAGGCUGACAGGGAAGUUCUUCUGAAGCUGGGGAGGCUGGCGUUUAAACAGCUGGAGAAAGGAAACAUCAUGUUCUACCAAGAAGACCUGGAGCGCUGUGGUCUGGAUGUCACAGAGGCCUCGCUGUACUCAGGAGUUUGUUCAGAGUUCUUCAAAAGAGAGAGUGUGAUCUUUCAGAAAACAGUCUACUGCUUCGUUCAUCUGAGCGUUCAGGAGUUUCUGGCUGCAGUCUACCUGUUCCACUGUUACACCAACAGGAACACACAGGUACUGGAGGACUUCCUGGGAGAAGACAACUUUAGUUCAUCCCUGGAUGUCUUCCUGAAGAGAGCCAUGGAGAAAUCCCUUGAAAGUAAAAAUGGCCACCUGGACCUGUUUGUCCGCUUCCUUCAUGGCCUCUCUCUGGAGUCCAACCAGAGACUCUUAGGAGGCCUGCUGGGUCAGACAGACAACAGUCCAGAAAUCAUCCAGAGUGCCAUCGACAACCUGAAGAAGAUGAACAGUGAUAAGAUCUCUCCUGACAGAAGCAUCAACAUCUUCCACUGUCUGACGGAGAUGAACGACCACUCAGUCCAUCAGGAGAUCCAAAAGUUCCUGAAGUCAGAGAACAGAUCAGAGGAGGAACUCUCUGAGAUCCACUGCUCAGCUCUGGCCUACAUGCUGCAGAUGUCAGAGGAGGUUCUGGAUGAGUUGGACCUGGAGAAGUACAACACAUCACAGGAGGGACGACGGAGACUGAUUCCAGCUGUGAGGAACUAUAGAAAGGCUCGACUGAGUGGCUGUAACCUGUCAGAGAGAAGCUGUGAAGCUCUGUCCUCAGUUCUCAGCUCCCAUUCCUCUAGUCUGAGAGAGCUGGACCUGAGUAACAACAACCUACAGGAUUCAGGAGGGAAGCUGAUCUCUGAUGGACUGAAGAGUCCACACUGCACAAUGGAGACUCUCAGUCUGUCAGGCUGUCUGAUCUCAGAGGAAGGCUGUUCUUCUCUGGUCUCAGCUCUGAGCUCCAACCCCUCCCAUCUGAGAGAGUUGGACCUGAGGUACAAUCAUCCAGGAGACUCAGGAGUGAAGCUAUUGUCAGCAGGACUGAAGGAUCCUCUCUGGAGACUGGAAACUCUCAGGGUGGAGCCUGCUGGAGUCAGUUGGUUGACACCAGGUCUGAGGAAGUGUAAGUCUGUUUUUAAUUUCAUUCAUCAAACUGUGACAUCACUCAUCCAACCCUCUGAUGUCAUCAUCUACGUGCUGAUUGGUUAAUAACUGCAGCUGUGUUGUGUCUCCUUCUCUCCGUCAGAUUCCUGUGAACUCACACUGGACACAAACACAGUGAACAGAAAACUCAAACUGUCUGACAACAACAGGAAGGUGACAUUAGUGAUGGAGGAGGAUCAGCCAUAUCCUGAUCAUCCAGAGAGGUUUGACUCCUGGGAUCAGCUGCUGUGUAGAGAUGGUCUGACUGGUCGCUGUUACUGGGAGUUUGAGAGGAGAGGAGGGGUUUAUAUAUCAGUGAGUUACAGAGGAAUUAGGAGGAGAGGAGACAGUGAAGACUGUGUGUUUGGAUUUAAUGAUCAGUCCUGGAGUCUGUUCUGCUCUGAUGUUGGUUACUCUGUCUGGCACAAUAAGAGAGGAACAUCCAUCUCCUCCUCCUCUGUCUCUGGUAGAGUAGCAGUGUAUGUGGACUGUCCUGCUGGCUCUCUGUCCUUCUACUCAGUCUCCUCUGACUCACUGAUCCACCUCCACACCUUCAACACCACAUUCACUCAGACUCUCUAUCCUGGGUUCAGGAUCAGGUCUCCUGGUUCCUCAGUGUCUCUGAGUCCUCUGGAGGACGGAGAGUCUCCUCCUGUCAGAGAACCAGACAGUUGA